AUGGCGUACGCUCUCCACGAGCAGGCAUCGCAGGAGACCCUCGUGUCCCUGCUCCAGCUCGACCCAGCACCCAUAGAGUCUCCUUACGCCGAAGACGAGAAGCAUCUCCAGUUCUCACCUGAAGACGAUGCCGAGCACACAAAACCCACGACAGCUGGCUCACCAACGCCUCUCGGCCUCAGCCGCAGCACUAGCCAUGCUUCCCACAACUCCAUUUACUACCUCACCCGCAUCCAGAAAUACUCGUCCUACUUGAUCCCCGUCUUCACGACCAUCCACCUCGCCAACACCUCCCUGAUCCCUCUCAUCACUCACUCCGUCCCCGCCUCCGAGACCUACCUCCUCCAGGCCCGCGAGCUCUACCAGACCGCCCUCACAGAGCCCCUCCUCGUCACCCUGCCCAUAGCCGCCCACAUCGCCUCGGGCCUCGCCCUGCGCCUGAUCCGCCGCUCCCAGAACCUCGCGCGCUACGGCGGCAGCACGCCGGGCAUGUACGCCCUCGCCCGCUCGCGCACAAACUCGCCCUCGCGGCACGGCAACAGCAGCAGCAGCAGCAGCAACACCCACAGCCACAGCCACAGCCACCACCACGUCAGCAACCCCCGCGGCAAGCCGCAGGCUCUGCGCAUCUGGCCGCCCCUCAGCUGGAUCGCCACGUCAGGCUACGUCCUCGCCGGCCUGGUGGCGGCCCACGCAUGCGUCAACCGCCUGCUGCCCCUCUAUGUCGAGGGCGACAGCUCCAACAUUGGCCUCGCCUACGUCGCCCACGGCUUCGCCCGCCACCCCGUCGUCUCCUGGACCGCCUACGUCGCCCUCAUUGCGGCGACGGCCGGCCACACCGUGUGGGGCGCCGCGCGCUGGGCCGGGAUCGCGCCCGUGGCCAUGGGCUGGCGCGGCGCCGGCCCGCGCGUCGAGGACAAGAGCGUCCGGCGCAGGAGGCGCAGGGCCUGGUGGGGGGUGCAGGGGGCUGCUGUUGCUGUUGCCGCCCUGUGGGCUGCUGGCGGGCUUGGCGUCGUUGCCCGUGGAGGGCUGACGCAUGGCUGGGUCGGCAAGGUGUAUGACGGUAUCUAUGAUGUGUUGCCUUGGUAA